AUUAGGAAAUUUGGUUGAACGGUCCGGAGGUUUUCCGUUUAAUUCUUGUUGAAAACUUCGUCGCAAGGAAGAAGAAGACUUGUCAGAGGGGAAUUCGAUUAAAAUUAAAUUUUAGGGUUUCUAUCCAGUUGAGACAGGGAUUGCUUGCACAAAAAUUUUAGAAUUUUGGUUGCUAAAAUCUCCAGAGGUCGUUAGGGUUUUGUUCGAAUUACCGAAUUCCAGAGUUCUGUUUGAGGAUUUUGGUUCUCUAUUUCGUAAAGUCGGUAUUUUUUUCUGAUUCAUAGAGGAAUGCAGAGCCAGCUUGUGUGCAAUGGCUGUAGGAGCGUUCUCCUUUAUCCAAGAGGAGCUACAAAUGUCUGCUGUGCAAUAUGCAGCACAGUUACCUCAGUCCCACCUCCUGGAAUGGAAAUGGCUCAGCUCAUAUGCGGAGGUUGCCGGACAUUGCUAAUGUACACACGUGGGGCGACAAGUGUGAGAUGCUCCUGCUGUCAAACAACUAACCUUGUAAGAGCAGCAUCUCCUCCAUAUGCUCAUGUGAACUGUGGCCAGUGUCAUACAAUGCUUAUGUAUCCAUAUGGAGCACCAUCGGUUAAAUGUGCACUGUGUCAUUAUAUUACGAACAUUGGUAUGGGCAACAUGAGAGUAUCUAUCCCCGUGCAUAGACCAAAUGGGGCCAGCAUUCCCUCUACAUCAACAGCAAUGCCACAUGCCCACAGUCAAACUGUUGUAGUCGAGAACCCAAUGUCAGUUGAUGAAAGCGGCAAAUUGGUGAGCAAUGUUGUCGUUGGAGUGACCACCGAAAAAAAAUAACUACAUUUCCCACGUCUAGCUCCUGCUGUAAGUAGUUAACGAGUUUGAUUUAUUUGAGUUGUACUGUAUAAGAAGCUGGAGCCCUGAGAAACCUAUUUCUAAAUGUGAGCACUUGCAGAAAACUGAAUAUUUUGGUAGGAUCGUAUAUGUUGGGAGAUUGUAGAAGUAAAAAGGGUGUUGUAUCUGCUCUUUUCUGUGGACAUUUUAUCAUUGUAUGCUACACGUGUACACUUUGGCUAUGAGAAAGUAUUAAUAUUCUUUUCCAAACUUA